AUGUCAAUUACGGUGAUGUGUGCUGACCGUCUAGGCUUAAAAUGUGAGCGGUGGACUUCCCCGGUGACUGGUUUAGGUGGCGCGCCUAUUGUAAAUGUACAAGGUCGUGUUGAAUUGUCCGUACAACCUCGUUUUGCGAUUGAACCCGUAUUAGCAAUACAUGCAUGGGUGUUACCGUCGAUUACGGCUGAUAUGCCGCGCAGUGCUUUGCCUCAUACCGAGAAGGGCCGUUAUACAAAUCUAGCGUUGGCCGAUCCGUCGUUCGACGUUCCCUCUCCCGUAGAUUUGUUGUUAGGUGGGGACGUAUUCCCGUCGAUAAUGGACGGUCGAAAAGUGGUGGUAGACGAAAAUCUUCCCGCAGCGUUUAGCUCAGUUUUUGGUUGGGUACUGAUUGGCCCCGUAUCUGAUGUCGAUGUACCUACCUAUCACUCAAUGCCGGUAUCCUUGACAGUAUCUAUUGAAGGGUUAAUGGAAAAAUUCUGGCACGUGGAGGAGCCGGUUACCGCACCCGAGAGUUUUACAGAUGAAGGGCGAUGUGAGUCUAUUUUCCGCAAUGAACACGUGCGCCUACCGUCGGGUCGGUUCUCGGUACCGUUACCGUUUCGUGCUCCAGUAUGCGAUGACGUAUUCGUCGGGUCACGGGACACUGCUGUACGACGUUUCGAAUCGCUAGAGCGCAAGUUAUCGCGGGACCGUAAACUCCGGGAAUUGUAUAUUAGUUUCAUGCGCGAUUAUUUAUCAUUAGGACACAUGUCGAUUGCAACGUCACCGGGCACGUAUUAUAUCCCGCACCACGCCGUGUAUCGGCCGGAAGUUGAUGAUAGUAAAUUACGCGUAGUGUUCGACGCGUCAGCUGGGAAUUAUCACGGACCGUCAUUAAACAGGUAG